AUGCUUUCACGGGGCAGAAAGGCACAAUUCGCACCGUGGUUCAGUAGCGUAGAGAUCGUGAUGUGUUUGUGGAUUACGUGCGCCGUUUUGACUCUGGUCGCAUCCCAGCAGAAGUUCUACAUCCAGGGCCGGUAUGGUAAAAGGCAGGAACCACGUGCAGACUCGUUCUACAUCUCGGGAGGAAGGUACGGACGCAGCGAGCACUUGCAGAAGCCGAGCAAAUCCUUGCCGAAGUUGGUGGAAGUGGAGGUGCCGAGGAUAGAACGAUACCUAUGGGGUGGUCGAUAUGGGAAACGCCCCACUCCGGAUUAUCGGACGGUCUCAUCCGUAAAUCGCUUCAGUGCCGUCCUCAACUUCAUGGAUCAGGUUGAUCUCGAUCGAGAGAACGACGUCAGCGACCGGAACGAUCUCGAUCCUCUUCCUUAA